GUGGCGCGCGGCGGGGCGGCUACCGGGAGGAGCGUGAGCGGCUGUGGCAGCGGCGGAAGUGGCCGGCGAGCCCGGUCCCCGCCGACAACAUGCUUCCCUUAUCGCUGCUGAAGACAGCUCAGAACCACCCCAUGUUGGUGGAGCUCAAGAAUGGGGAGACGUACAAUGGGCACCUGGUGAGCUGUGACAACUGGAUGAACAUCAACCUGCGGGAGGUGAUCUGCACGUCCAGGGAUGGGGACAAGUUCUGGCGGAUGCCCGAGUGCUACAUUCGAGGCAGCACCAUCAAGUACCUGCGCAUCCCCGACGAGAUCAUCGACAUGGUCAAGGAGGAGGUGGUGGCCAAGGGCCGGGGCCGCGGUGGCUUGCAGCAGCAGAAGCAGCAGAAAGGCCGCGGCAUGGGGGGCGCUGGGCGAGGUGUGUUUGGUGGCCGGGGCCGAGGCGGGAUCCCUGGCACGGGCCGAGGCCAACCUGAAAAGAAGCCGGGCAGGCAGGCGGGCAAGCAGUGAGCGCCUCCCCACCAAGCCUCGGGCAGCGGUGUGGCUGUCAGCUCCCGGGCCCGGAGAGGAGGGAAGAGCCAGGCGCGGGGACAAUGCGCGCUGUAUUGCGGGAUCCUCUUUAGGUGAAGUCCCCCCAUGGGUUUUUUGUUUGUCUUUUAAACCAACGUUGUCGUUGUACGGUUGGGAAUGUCGCUGAUGUUCUUGGUCCUGGGAGAAGCCCCCUCGGAGGGGAAGGUGCGGCAAGGGCCCUGGAGGCUCGGCCUUCCACCUCCAGCCCCUCGAGCCCAAGAAAGGCGAGUUUUUGUCUGCAGCCCCCAGUCGUCUUGAACGUAGCCCCCAGGUCGCCUUUCCAAACAGCAGGGACAAAGGACGGAUGCCACAGAGCCUGUUCCCCUUUGCUUCCUUUCUCUUUGUGUUAUAAAAACAAAAACAAGUUCAGUA